CGCGUGUAGUAAAUUCUCAGUUCGUCGAUGACGAUGGAUGCGCAGUAACGUGCGACGUGCCAUCGCUAAUUGCGGCUCGUCUCCGUUGCCGUGGUAGGAGGAUAGUAGGGUCGGGCACGCGCUAUCGUUCGCAAGUGAUCAGUGCUGCGCGAUCAGCUUCGCCGCGUGGUGUACCGUCGCCGGGCCGCAAGACGCGCCAACUGGACCACUACGAUUUGUUCAGUGACGUUAUGUGAAACUAAUUUAUAUUUGUGCUCGUUAUUGGGAGAUUGCCAUUAUUCUGAUACGCAGUUUUAGUUAGUAAAAUGUUAGUACAUUGUGGCGACAUAAGAAAUGAAGUUGAUAAUAGAACAGCAUAUAGUGAACGUUGCAAGUUGUAGUGCGUACAAAACUAAGGUGUCAAUAGUAUAAUGCAGUGCAUAGAUAAAUAAUGAAGUGAGAAGAGGAUAUAUUUGAAAAUGCAAUAAAUAUAAUCGUGUGUGACGAUGGAGGGUGCCGUACUGAGCGCCCAGAGCAAUAACAGAUUCCGUACGCACUUGAAGAACGCCGCAAGUGCUCUGUGCGCGAGGACGCUGCCCAAGCAAAGAUGCAGCGAGGCGGCGGCCAGCUCGUCCCGUCACCACACCUACCCUCGCUCAGCGCCGCCCAAACGCGCGCCUAUCUCCUGUCGCAUGGAGCCCCUACUCGGUGACCUGCCCGCACCCGCUUCGCCCCCGCACUACCCUGACGUGGUGGUAAGCAAGCCGCUUGACUGCAAACCCACCACGCCCAAUGGCAUGGUCAAGUUAAAAGGAGCAUUAGCCAGGGAGGUGGCGAGCGCCUGGGAGUGCCGCGUCGGCCCGCCCGACCGGCCCGCGCCCGCCCACCGAGUGCAGGGACUAUUCAACGACAUCGAACUUUAUCCAACUAAGACGCAGGUGUUCGAAAUGUUGGUGUGCGCGCGUCAGUGUGCGCGGCGUAAGUCGCUCAUUCUUACCUUUGGGGAGUUCUGCGUGUUCGCCGCGGAGCUACGGCGAUGCUCAAGGCAGGCUCGACAAGUAUCCAACAAGCCCGACUCUCCUGUGUGGACCGUGGACAAAGACCUCCGGGACAAGGACACGAUAUGCAAGCAUAUGAACGGUAGCGAGGCGUCGCCGCCGCCGUGCGAAGUGUUCCUGGGAGGCUCGUGCAAUCCCACCACCUGGAGGUCGGACAUCGCCAUACCUAUGCUAAAGAAGAUGGGCAUCACAUACUUUAAUCCGCAAGUGGAGGACUGGUCGACGGAGUUGAUGGAGGUGGAGCAUCGCGCGAAGUGUGCGGCGCGCGCGCUGCUUUUUGUGCUGGAUAGCGAGACGCGCGCGGUGGCUGCCAGUGUGGAGGCCGCGCACCUCGCCGCCGCGCCUCGUGAUCUGCUGCUCGUGCUCCGACCCUACGCGCGACAUCAGCUUAUUGGCAACGAGACCAUCACUGACCACCUGUUGGUGAUUGCUUUCAUUGAUACAGAUAGUCGGAACGGUCAGGAGGAGGUGCCUAGACUCGCGGAGGGAGAGGAGAGUCGCGUGGCUGAGGGAGGUGAGAGACCGCGGGAGGGCAACGGGCUGCUGGUACACAACCCACGGCUCAGGGCCUACGGGAGAAAGCUUGGAUUAUUCAUUCCUAAGAACGGCAGCAGUCGUACAGCAGAGGUUAGCCCGGGUGUGGGAGGUGUGGGGGGCGUGGUGGCAGGCAGCGGAGGCGUGUCGGAGGGCGGGGACAGCGUGCUGACGCCGCGCACGGAGCGCCGCCUGGAGCGCCUGCCCGCCAUGCUGGCCACGCACGCGCACCACGUAUACCUCGGCGGAUCAUUCCCGUGUGGAGGUAGUCGUCCCGAGGAUGUGCUGCGGCGCGAGGGGUUCACGUACGUGUCGCCGCGCGCCAACGACUACACGCGCAUGUUCUCCGCACCCGCGCGCCGCGCCGCCGCCUCGCGACCUGACUCACCCUGCGACAAGAAGCCACGCCCCAACGCACAUCUCUCGGUACCUCUCACAAUCAUUUCUCACACUAUACUUUUUUGUCAACAGUACAGUGAAGCAGCAGUAAAAGAUUACAAUCGUGGUCGACAUUACCUCGUGGACCUGGCGCGGCGCUCCUCCGUACCGGUGUUUGAUAAUGUAGACGACGCCAUGCUGUGUGUCGUGCGACGUCUGCGCACUGAACUCUAGCACGCGAAUGUCGCACUUAAACCUCACACAAUACAGGCGUGUUUACUCUGAAAUAUUGAAGACUACACCGCUGCCGAUGAAGUUUUGUUAUACAAGUAAAGAGCCGGUAAAGUUGUGUUACAUUGAAUAAUACUGUUUCUUAAUACUGUUUAAAAAGCAGAUAAAACUUAUGAAUUGUUUGUUGUGGGUUUAGAUUACAUAUUUGCAUUUGGUUAAUCUUUUGGUCGUUUCCAUGUAAACGUACCUUUGUAAAGCACUUUUUAUUUCAAUGGAAACGCAACUUUAACGUGCCCAAUUUGUGAGAUCAUUCCGGGGAUACAUUGCAAGAAGUGACGUCAUCACUAGCGAUUUAAUAGCCAAUGCAGAU